AUGAUCAUCAGCGCUUCUGAGGAGGAGGAUGAGGAGGAGGAUGCGGAGGGAGAGGAGGAUGAAGAGGAAGCGGAGGAGGAUGACGCGGAUGUUGGGGAGGAUGAAAAAGAUGAGAAUGAUGGCGGGGAGGACGAAGAGGAGGAGGAGGAGGAGGAGGAGGAGGAGGAGGAGGAGGAGGAGGAGGAGGAGGAGGAGGAGGAGGAGGAGGAGGAGGCAGAGGAGGAGGAGGAGGAGGAGGAGGAGGAGGAGGAGGAGGAGGAGGAGGAGGAGGAGGAGGAGGAGGAGGAGGAGGCAGAGGAGGAGGAGGAGGAGGAGGAGGAGGAGGAGGAGGAGGAGGAGGAGGAGGAGGAGGAGGAGGAGGAGGAGGAGGAGGAGGAGCAGGGUGACGACGAGGAGGAGGAUGUGGAUGAGGAGGAGGAGGAGGAGGAGGAGGAGGAGGAGGAGGAGGAGGAGGAGGAGGAGGAGGAGGAGGAGGAGGAGGAUGUGGCGCCAUUGAAGGGACGGGGCGGGCGUGGCAGACGGGUGAGUGGUACAGGGAAGGAGGGGGGGCGGACUUGCCCUUCCGGAAAACGCGGGGCAGUUGACGUUGCGCGCGGCGAAGCAUCGGGCAAACCGAAGGCGCGUAAGGUGAAGGUCGAAAGUGAAGGGGUUGGUAAAAAGCAAGGGAGCCAGGGAGCAAAAGGGGAUGGAGGAGGAAAGGGUGGCCGCGCCAAAGGGGUUCCAGUGGGUACCAGCAAGAAAGAACCUGCCGGUGAAAGUGCGGAGCACGAGCAUUUUGUUACACGGGAGGAGUUCCAGGCGCUGCGGUCUGAGAUGUACGCCAUGUUUGCACAGCUCGGCCUGUGUCGUGGAGUACCUGCCAGCUAUGCCGGCGGGUCGGCAGCCCUGCCUAUGGCUGGUACCCCGCCGCCGAUGAGUGCCGUGGACAAGGCACGAGUGCUAGUGUUGCAAGAGACAAACCCAUUCCCGGUAUGUGGCGAGCCACAUGGGGAGGGUUGGGGUUGA